AUGGAAAAGUUUACAUUUUUGAUGAAUUCUUUAACUAAUCAGCAGCGUUCUGCUGUAACAAGCUCAGAACGAUUUUUGCAGAUUUUAGCAGGUCCUGGUUCUGGAAAAACACAUGUUUUAAUUAGUAGAAUCUCUUAUAUACUUUUAAAGCAUAAUAUAUUUCCGAAAGAUAUUGUUGUUGUAACUUUCACAAAUAAGGCGGCAAAAGAGAUCAAAGAGCGAAUUAAUGUAACCAUAGGCAGAGACGUAGCUGUUAAAUUGAUUUCUGGUAGGUCUGUUUUAUUUUUUUUUGUCUUAAUUUUUUAUAUAGGAACUUUUCAUUCUUUUGCAAGACAAUAUCUUGUAAAAUACGGAUAUUUAAUCGGAUUGGGUAUUUUUGGUAUUGUAGAUAGAUCUGACAGUAUUCUUAUAGUUAAAAAAUACUUAAAAGAAAAGCAUAUUAUAGAUUUACAUAUUUUAAUUAAUAAUACUACUAUUAAACUUUCAGCCAACUCAAUUAUAAAUAUAAUUUCUUCUUUAAAGUCUAAGAAUAUAUCUACUACUUGUUUUAUUCUUAUGAAUAGUUAUUAUCAGGAAUAUCUUUUUAAAAACAAAUUACUUGAUUUUGAUGAUCUUUUACUACACUGUUUACACUUAUUUAAGGAAAAUCCUAAAUGUUUUGAGAAUAUUAAGCAUGUUUUUGUGGAUGAAUAUCAAGAUACAAACUUUGUUCAGUAUAGUUUAAUAAAAUGUUUAAUGUCUAAAGGGUCCUACCUAACAAUAGUUGGAGAUCCUGAUCAAAGUAUAUAUAGUUUUAGGUCUGCUGAUGUUACAAAUUUUCAACGUAUGAAACACGAUUUUCCUGAUUCUACAGUUGUUUUUUUAGAAGACAAUUUUCGCUCUUCUGGAGCUAUUUUGAAUACAGCUUUAAAAUUGAUUGAACAAGAUGUAAAUCGUCCAGCUAAAGUUCUUUAUUCAAAUUUAAAAGUUGGAUUUACUCCUGUUUUAAAUGUUUUAAAAGAUCAUAUAGAGGAAGCUCAUUGGAUAGCUAAAGAAAUUCAAAAAUAUGUAAAUAAUACUUCUGGGUUCCUAACAUAUAAAGAUUUCUCUAUUUUAGUACGUUCUUCAGUUUUAAUACAAACUAUUGAAAAUUCAUUUCAAAAAUUUGGCAUUAAUUAUAGAAUAGUUGGAGCUUGUAAAUUUUAUGAUCGUCAAGAGGUAAAAGAUAUCAUUGCGUAUUUGCGAUUAAUAUGUUUUGAUGAUGAACUUGCAUUAUCAAGAAUAAUUAAUGUUCCUAAAAGAGGUAUUGGAAAAAAUACAUGGGAUUUAAUUGUAGAGAAAUCAAAGUUUACAAAAAAGCCUGUAUUAGCAUUAUUAGAAGAAAUAAGUCAGGGAAGGUAUAAUAUUAGAAGGGAUAAAAAAAUAGAAAAUUCAAUUUCAGCUUUUAUUAAUAUUUUAAAUAAAAUUAAAGGUUAUAUAAAAAAUCAGAUAAAUAUACAUGUUUCUGAUAUUAUUAUUUAUAUUUGUGAUUUAAUAAGUUAUGAACAAUAUUUAUUAAAAGAAUUCCCAGAUGAUUUUCAUGAACGUUGGAACAAUAUCUUGCAACUUAUUAAUAAUUCGGAUACUAUUGAUUCAGAUAUAGAUGAUUAUUCUUAUUUUGAAGAAAUUGGUCAUACAUUUCAAGGACCUUUAAUAAAAUUUCUUGAUAACGUAGCUUUAUUUUCUGAUACAACAGAAAAUGAAGAUGUUUCUAUUUCUAAAGUUACUAUUUCUACUAUUCAUGCAGCAAAGGGUUUAGAAUGGCCAAUUGUAUUUUUACCUGGUCUUUAUAAUGGGUCUCUGCCACAUUCAAAAGCUGAAGAUAUAUCUGAAGAACGUCGAUUAUUAUAUGUUGCGAUUACUCGGGCUCAAGCUAUGCUUUAUUUGUCUUGUCCUCUUAAAAAUAGUUUUCAGGAAAAUUUAAGACUUUCUUCUUUUCUAGAAAAAAUAUCUACUGUUGUUCCAUUUGAAAAAUAUAGUCCAAAAUUAAAUAUAACAUUUAUUAAAACUAUUUCUGAACUUUUAAAGAGACCUGAGCCGACUUUUGAUUUUUUAAUGUUUAAUCUUGAUAAUAAUGAUUCUUUUAUGGAUAAUACAUUUUGUAAUUUUUUUAAAAAAAAAACAAAUGAAAAAAAUAGUACUAAAACUGAAACAGAAUGUUUAAAACAAUCUGAUAAUAAUGUGAAUUCUUGUAUGACAAAAACAACUUCGAACCAUUUUGGAUUUAUAAAUGCUAAAAAAGUUCUUUAUAAUAAUAUAAAUAAUGACAAUCAAAAAAAAAUAUUUAAACAAAUACAUAGCUUUAAAAAAAAUGAAUACUUUAAACAAUAUACAUAUAAAAAUGAUAAAGAUCCGAAUUCUUUAAUUGAAUCUCAAUUCAAAUGCACAGAUGAAUCUACAUACAUUCAAGAAUUAGAUAUGCAAGAAAGUUCGUGUAAUGAUAGUAAUAUUUUAUCAGAAUCUCCAACAAAUUUGCACCAAAUACAGUCUAUAAAGCCUCUUCAAAUGAGUAAACAAAAAGCACUACCUCUUGUUAAACGUUUAGGAAUACGUAGAAAAAUGCCCAAACGUGCUAUAUUUUAUGGAAAUAAGUAAAUUGAGUGUUAUUUGAAUGAUUUAUACACAACAAUGUAUAUUUAUAUA